AUGACUCAACAAGAUAACGGCGGCAGUCGCGUCGUCGGCGACUUGACAUGCCAAUCAGAAUCUUAUCGGAAGACGCUUGAGACAGAAGUUGUGUCUUGUGAGAAGGCGCCGAAGCAGGCGCACAAGUCCAAGAAGCAUAAUGGACAUGCGCAUGAUGAGUGGUUAAUUGAAUGCUCUGAUUCAGUGCUAUUUCCAGAAGGCGGCGGUCAGCCUUGCGAUCACGGCACGAUCACACUCCUCUCAGGCGACGACCAAACUCCAAUUCCCGUCAAAAACGUGCAGCGGCAAGGUCUUCGAUGUGUGAUCUACUCGCCCAAACCGCUUUCUCCGGGCGACAGGAUCCGUCAAGAAAUCGACUGGAAGCGUCGAUGGGAUCACAUGCAGCAGCAUACCGGUCAGCAUCUCUUGUCCGCGGUGAUGAUGAAAAGCCAUGGCAUUAAGACGGUCGGUUGGGGAAUGGGUACAGAGGGGGGUUUCAAUUAUGUCGAUUUGCAGAGGAAGCCAUCAGAAGACGAGAUGCAGGCUAUCACGAUGGAGUGCGCCGAAAAGAUCCGAGAUAACCUGUCCAUCAAAGUUCAGACGCCGGAUGAUGCGAAACAUGACAAACUACCAGGAGAUUACGACAAGUCUGAUGGAGUUGUUAGGGUCAUCUCCAUUGGGGAUCUAGAUGAUAACACAUGCUGUGGAACUCACCUCGGUCAAACGUCACAUAUCUCCCUCAUCAUUCUCGGCACAAUGCAAUCUGUUCAUGGUAAGAAUUGUCGUCUAUCAUUCGUAGCCGGCGACCGUGCGAUCAACCUCGCCACCUCCUCGGUCGGCGCCAUCAACAAAAUCGCCAAACUCUUGUCCUCGAGUAGCGACCCCAACGAAGUCGUCACCCGAGCGACAGCUUUGUCGGAUAGCGGCACUGAUCUCAAGCGCUCGGAGCGGAAGCUUCUCCUCGAGAUAGCAAAGUUCGAAAGCGAGCAAGCGAUCCGGAUCAUCGUGCAGAACAGAAUGAAUGCGUUCAUCCAUCGCUACGAGGGCAACACCGACUUUAUUAACAAGAUCGUCGGCGAGACAAGGGAUAUCCUGCAGGGAACAGGCUUUGUGGUCGUCAUUGCAAUUGGAGAGCCUAAAGGUGGUGGACCGGUUGUCAUCGUGGGUGACCAAGUCGCUGUUGAUGCCAUGGCGAAGAAGGUCAAGGCUGUGGUGAAGGACAUCAAAGGUGGUGGUACCGGAGGGAAAUGGCAGGGUAAAGUCAAGGAGUGGACCAACGCUGAGUUGGUCGCUCUGAAGGAAAUAGUCGAGUCAUAA